AUUAUCAUCAAACAUGAAUGACACAUUUUUCUCAUCUUUAUCGUGCCUCUGUACUGUGUAAACUGAAUAAAAAUUCGAUAAUGGUGGACCGCUUAGUGAAUAGUGAAGCCAAUGCUAGAAGAAUCGCUAUGGUGGAAAACUGCUUCGGCAGUUCGGGACAGCCAUUAGCAGAACAAGGCCGGGUGCUUGUAGGUGAAGGUGUCCUAACAAAAAUGUGUCGGAAAAAACCUAAAGCUCGCCAGUUUUUCCUAUUCAAUGACAUCCUUGUUUAUGGCAACAUAGUAAUAAAUAAAAAGAAGUAUAAUAAACAACAUGUUAUACCUCUGGAAGAAGUCAAAUUGGAAUCACUAAAAGAUGAAGGACAAUAUCGCAAUGGUUGGUUGAUCCGAACUGCAUCUAAAUCUUUUGCUGUGUAUGCAGCAACAGCUACGGAAAAAGAAGAAUGGAUGGCCCACAUAGAGAAAUGUAUAGAGGAUUUGUUAAGAAAGAGUGGGAAACAACCACCAUCAGAACAUGCAGCAGUGUGGGUGCCAGACAAUGAAGCCGCCAUUUGCAUGCACUGCAAGAAGACACAGUUCACUGUUCUUAACAGAAGACAUCACUGUCGCAAAUGCGGCUCGGUCGUGUGCGGGCCGUGCUCGUCGAAGCGUUACGUGCUGCGCGGGCAGAGCGAGAAGCCGCUGCGGGUGUGCCUGCAGUGCUACGACGAGCUCACCCGCGACCGCGCGCGCCCCGCGCACCCCGCGCACCCCCUCGCCGCCGGCGCGCCCGCGCCCCUGAAAGCGGAGAUCACGGGCACAGGCUCCGGUGGCGACUCGUCGGGAGACGACGACAGCGACGACGACGAUGACCGAGUGCAGCCCGACCAGAAACAUGACGAGGGUUUUACAAGUUAUAAUGGUGUGAAAAACGGAUUCGGAAAUAAAGUCACGACAGUAUAGUACAUGUCGAUAUUGUCCAAAGUUCUACAGUGACGGUGAAAAGACUGAAGAAACUAAUAACCAUUCGUCCAAGGAUACCAAGUAAAGCAAUAAGCAACAAUGUCCCAGUACAGGAUAUGUAAUUUACAUAAAUUAUUAUAAUUUUACACUUUAGUAAUAAUAUUGCCGUUGGCUACGUCGUUACGAAUACACAACUGCGAAAGCUUUGUUCUAUAAUAUACACUAAAUUAAAAAAAUAACAGAUAAUAUAAAAUAUAAUCAUAUCAGCCACAGAUUAUGUUACUCAUAAACUGUCAAUAUACAAAAAUAUUGGUUUUUAUUAAGGAUAACGAUUUAUUGAAUAAAUGUUAUAUUAUAGUAUUAUUUGGUGGAAAUAUGAAAAAGACAGAAAUUAUAAUAAAAGUUAUUUAUCUUUUAUAAUUUGAUUGGUAUGUAGAAGUGUUUGUUGUAAGUUUUUUAAAGUAAAUUUAUGUGAUUGUUAAAAAAAAAAACUGCAUAUUAACAAUUACAUCAUAGUGUCUAUUAGUAUAUGUGAUAUCAUCACCUAAACGAACACCGAGAUGGCCUUCUACUUUAACAUUAGAUAGAUUUUUCUAUGUAUUUUAUAAAUCCAGUGAGUUCAACCGAUAAAAUAUAUUUUUAUAAAAAAAAUCCAUUUCAAUAACAUUUUCUCUAGAUGUAAAUAAAAUGCUAAACAGCUUUAAAACGCUCAAAUAUACUCUGAACGGGCAUCGUUUUUAAUUUAAUUCAUAUUAUUUAUUUAUAUUAUGUUUACACUUGUGUGUUUCGUUCAUAAAUAUUUCAUUUUAACCAUUAAAUCAAAAAUUAUAAAGUACUGGUUGAAUACCAUUUGUUAUAAACAAUAUUGAUACAUUUAAUUGAACAAUUAUAUAAAUAUGAGACCAGCACAUUUAUCAUGAAAACUUAAAACAAAAUAAGUUCUAAAUGUAUUUUUGCAAUACCUGUAUGAAGAGAAAAUAGUAAAUAUUUUUUUGGAUUUGAAGUAAUAGUAAUUUAAACAAAUUUCCAAUCACAAAACAUUCAAAUAUCUAUACUUUUAGCAAAGAUAGUUACAGAAAACUAUUCUAACUCUUCAAAAUUCCGGUAUGUUUAAUAUAAUAUUACUUAAAAAAAAUUUAAUUUUUUUUACAAGCAGUAAUCUAAACUCAUUUGUGAGUGUGUGGGACAAGUUUUACAAUUAAAUUUUAAACCAAUGACAUUAACUGAUUCAGCUUAACAAUCUAUUAUACUAACAUUAUUUUGUUUUAAUAUACGAGUAAAUAAUUUUUGUCAGAUAUAAAAAUGUUUAGUAAAAUAUUUUCUCUUUUUAUAUGUCUGAUUAAAAGUAGUUAUGACGCAAUUUGUUUGGUUUCCUGUUAUGUGAUAUACAUUAAAAGGGUUUGACUACCUUAUCUGUUGAUAAUAAUAAUCGAAACAACACAAGUGUAAACAUUGUACCAAUCAUGGUUCUAACACAUUAACAUUACUGAGCUUAGACAAAUUCAUUCGAUUCGAGUCGUAGCGAUCCGAUCGCGUCUUCAGUCAACUUUGAUGACGUGACCUAUAAAUAAUAAUAAUAAAUAAUCUUUAUUCACAUACAAAGUAUAAUGAAGUCCCUGAUUUCUGAGCUAGGCUCAAAGACCUGUAUUCCAGAAAUCAGUGUCAAAAUUGUCAAUUACUUAUACAAUUUCGAUACAUUUUUGUGUUACAAGCGAAUUUCGAUAUGUAUGUUGUCUACGCCCGGUGGUUAGGCUUAGUCAUUUAUGUCAAUACAUAUUUAAUACUUUACAUGAGUUAGCCUAUUAUAUUAUAAACUUUUUAAUAUAGUUCAUAUUUUGCUAUUACGAUUGUUGAAUUUUAUUAUAUGGUUUACAUAAGGUAUGUAGUUUAAAUUACAUUCAUUUAUAAAUCGUUUAUGUAAUAUUUUGUAUGUAUAUUAGGAGAAAUAGUAAGUAAGAGGUGCAUUGAUUAUAUUAUGUAUAUUGUUUCGUAUGAAACCGUUACAUUUUUAAUUUAAGGUAUUUUUUUUAAUAUUAGAUAUAGUUUGUUUAAAAAAAAUUGUUCGCAAAAAUUCUAAAAUAAGGUCACGGUUUAAUUAUUUAUAAUCAUAACAUAGGCCUAAAAUGUUAACACGUCGAGAGCGUACUGUUACUGUUGAUUUCGAAAAACUAAGCGAAAUAUAACAUUAUUGUUUAAUAUUCGGUUGACAAAUAUACAAUAAUAUUUUUUA